AGGUCGGUGCCGAGCAGACGAGAGGAACCGCGGACACGGACACACCAACUCCCGGCUCUUCUCCUCAAUAAUUCCUGAUACUUGGCACACUGAAUCGCGGAAAACUUGUCCUCCGCCACCGACGGGGCUGUUGCUGUUGCAGGGCGCGUACACAGAGGAACGGUUAUGUGAUGGGUCUUGGAGCGGUGCCCGGGAGAGCUUUCCUUCGCCAGGGAAGCGGGAUGAUGAGCAGGUUUCUGUCGUCGACCUGGAAGUUUGGUUUCUACUUAACGACGACGCACAACGGGAAAUAAAGGAGUUGCCAUUCUCUAAAGGGGGAUGAAAUUACCAACCACGCUGAUUUGCUGCAGUAUUACUAGUAUAAUUCAUUUUUUCUGCGCUCACGUGGGGUAUUAAUUAUGUUUCAUCGCACCAUCGGAUUGUACAUGUUGCCUGGCUGAUUUAACGGCGGCUGGAUUGUGGUUAUUUGCCCAUAUUUGGAGUUGUUUGAAUAGGCAGUUAACAGGACGGUACACAUCCAGGUCAAAUGACCGUCUAAUGCCCCUGCUGAGUCUGACUAGCCUUACUGUGACAUGGAAAAAACAGGACUCUACAGCCUUCUUUAUUACUUUCUUCUCAAUUCGCCCUUUAUCGUUUGUAUAAAUGCUUCAUUUACUGAAGUCCCUAAAGAUGUGAGUGUCGGGGAGGGAGAGGAUGUGGAGAUGCCCUGCGCCUUCAAGGCUGUCGGUUCGGCACCCAUGUCUCUGGAGAUCCAGUGGUGGUACCUGAAGGAGGCUGUGCCUAAAGAGCUGCCUCACGAGCUGCAGAUCAGCGCCCCGGCCAACAGAGCCAAGGGUGCUCCAAAAGAAGCCACAAAAAUAAGCACUGUGCGGGUUCAGGGCAAUGCCAUCUCCCACCGCCUCAGCCUGUCCAAGGUGAAGAAGGAGGAUGAGGGGGUAUACGAGUGCCGUGUGUCUGACCUGUGGGCUGAUGAGACUCAGGAAUUUACAGUUCAGGCCACGCUGCAUGUUACACCAGGCGAUGGCAUGGUCGCUGAGGAAGCCGUGUCACACAUCCAGAACCGCUGGCCAAUGAGGAAUAACAACCCAGCACUGAGUGGCGGGGGGAGAGCAACCUCUGAGCCUGGCCAGGGUCAGGGCUUUGGCCAGGGUGGGGAGGCAGGAGGUCAAAGGUCAGGGCAGGGGAAAUCUCGGGUGCCUCAGCAGGCUGGACCUGGCCUCCUCCCGUCCAGCACAUCCACCACCACUUCAGUGGCCAAGUCCUCGGCAUCACCGCUGCCAGGGAACGCAGCCAUCCUCCGGCAGCAGCAUGGAGCUGGUUGUGGCGUGAUGAGCACCAUGGAUCCCCUCCUCUUCAUCACUCUCCUUUUCCUGCAUAAGCUCCUCCCCUUCCUGUUGGCCCACUGAAGAGACUUCAACCAAACUAUGAUGACCUGCAACGCUCUCACUUUAUGUACCAAACAAAACCCAAGUAACAGUCAGUCAGUACCGACCAAGGGAUAUAGGAUCAUAUUAAAUAGAUGCAUAUGGUUGCAACACGUCACCGCAGCAAGUGAACGCAAUGCAAAAAAAUGAAGGAGACAAAGUCCGAGGUCAAUGAAUGAGAAAAAGAGACUAAAAAGAUGGAGAAUGACGCUCCUCAGACUUAACUGACUGAAACAAGAGGAGCAGAGUAACAGUGUGUGACUGUUGAAAGGGCACAUAAUGUGGAGAAGAGGAGUCUGCUGUUUGUGAAUAGGAGCGUCACUACUGAUCGACACACAGCCUAAAUACAGUGUGGCCACUUGAAGUGCUGCCUCUACUCUGCAUUGCAUCUACUUCACGCAUGGCCCUCCUCUCUUUAUUAUAAAGCAGAUAUCACUUUCCUGAUCUCACUAUCAUGUUUAUUUUACAGCUUUCCAGGGUGAUAUCUGUUCAUGUGACAACACAAAUCAUUUUAAUGCCACCUCUGCUUUUGAUUUCACUAUAAUCAGUUCCAUUUGUUUCAUGGAAUAUAUCCAGUAUUCAUGUUUUGUUUUUGGUUUUUUUGUUUAUUUUUUUGUUAGUUUUUUUGGUCUCUCUGUUUUUCCCCCAGGACAGGGGGGCAGUAUGGAGGUUUGAUCUGCAUGAGCUGUUGAACGUUUACAUAAUUUACAGUAGCCAUGUUGUUCAGCAUCCACGUCAGUCCUAAACCAGGAAUCUUCAUGUCACAGAGCCAACCUUUAUCCACACAGUGUGUGAGUCUAUGUUGUUCCCUCCAUAUCUAAACACACACACACACACACACACACACACACACACACACACAUACACACAUAUACACACACAUUCAGUACAUGCACACGUACAUAUGCACACACACACACACGCACACACACACACACACACACACACACUUUUCUGUUCUAAAAGAUGUGUUCCAUCAUGUAAUCAACAAAUAAGCUGAUAUAUUUUGAUUAAGAUAAGGCACACCUUACCAUUGUUGUUGUUAGUCACCUCCAAUAAUGUUUAUUUUUAUUAAAGAUAUGGUGAUCAAAGUGAGACAUUCAUUUAUAUGAGACAAAAAAGAGAACUUAUUGGCAUCUUGCCAAUAGCAGUUGAACAAAGGUUGUUGUUUUUGUAAUAAAAGAUAGAUUUGAAAGGUG